AAGUCCAAGAGCGCGCUGAGCUGAGUUCGCAGAGGCAGCAGACGCGGGAUCUCUCUAGGUACGCUUUUACCUGUUGACUCACUCGCUACAUGACUUUAAAUUGGCUUAUAGAGGAGGCUGGAGAAAUCCUGAGGAGCCCAGAGAAGUUUGGGGCAGAUCCGAAAAGCGCCUGGCUCUGCAGAGGAAUCUAGGAGUCUCAGCUCCACCCCUGAAGCUGCAAAGCGAAAAGGACAAAUCACCAAAGACUUGGAGGGGUGGGGUGUGGGGGUUGGGGACUAGGGACAGUCUCCAGCCACUAGGAUGCGAGGGAGCGCAUCCUGAGGCAGCCUAAGACUGCGCUGGGAGCGCGGGAGAGUCGGCUCCCCUGCCUAGGGACGAGGCGAAGCGGGGACGCGUUUGAACAUCCUAUCCAAAACCACUCUGCCUGCGCGUGGGACUGCACAGCCGAGAGACCGAAGGAAGGAAGGAAGGACAGAGCGCAGAGGUUAGAACCCGGGUCUUCGGGUCCUCGGUGGAGAGGAGGAAGCAGCCCACGCGGGACAGGGCCUCCCGGGCUCUGUACUGACAACAUGAGUUUCCCACGAGGCUCCCACGAUCUGCCCGCAGGCAACUCCAGCCCGUGGUGGCCUCUGACUACCCAGGGCGCCAAUGGUAGCCGGGAGGCAGCUGGGCUCCAGGAAGGUGGCAGCCCGCCGGGGGACGUACGCAAUGAAGAGCUAGCCAAGCUGGAGAUCGCCGUGCUGGCGGUGAUUUUCGUGGUGGCCGUGCUGGGCAACAGCAGUGUGCUGCUAGCGCUGCACCGCACGCCACGCAAGACAUCUCGCAUGCACCUCUUCAUCCGACACCUCAGCCUGGCAGACCUGGCGGUCGCCUUCUUCCAAGUGUUGCCGCAGCUGUGCUGGGACAUCACCUACCGCUUCCGCGGGCCGGACUGGCUGUGUCGCGUGGUGAAGCACCUGCAGGUCUUUGCCAUGUUCGCGUCCGCCUACAUGCUGGUGGUGAUGACAGCCGACCGCUACAUCGCCGUGUGCCACCCGCUCAAGACCCUGCAGCAGCCCGCGCGCCGCUCGCGCCUCAUGAUCGCCGCCUCUUGGGUGCUGAGUUUUCUACUGAGCACCCCACAGUACUUUAUCUUCUCUGUGAUCGAAAUCGAGGUGAACAACGGCACCAAAGCCCAAGACUGCUGGGCUACCUUCAUCCAACCCUGGGGUACCCGCGCCUAUGUGACCUGGAUGACCAGCGGGGUCUUCGUGGUACCCGUGGUCAUCUUGGGUACCUGCUAUGGCUUCAUCUGCUACCACAUCUGGCGCAACAUCCGCGGGAAGACAGCAUCGCGACAGAGCAAGGGCGGCAAGGGCUCUGGGGAAGCCGUGGGUCCCUUCCACAAGGGGCUUCUGGUCACGCCUUGUGUCAGCAGUGUGAAGAGCAUUUCCCGCGCCAAGAUCCGGACGGUGAAAAUGACCUUUGUGAUUGUAAGCGCCUACAUCCUUUGCUGGGCACCUUUCUUCAUCGUCCAGAUGUGGUCAGUCUGGGAUGACAAUUUCAUUUGGACCGAUUCAGAAAACCCUUCCAUCACGAUCACAGCACUACUGGCGUCCUUGAACAGCUGCUGCAACCCGUGGAUAUAUAUGUUCUUUAGUGGCCAUCUCCUGCAAGACUGCGUCCAAAGCUUCCCAUGCUGUCAAAGCCUGGCCCAGAAAUUCACCAAGGAUGACUCGGAUAGCAUGAGCCGGAGACAGACUUCUUAUUCUAACAACCGAAGCCCGACAAACAGCACUGGGACGUGGAAGGACUCGCCUAAAUCUUCCAAGUCCAUCAGAUUCAUCCCUGUCUCCACUUGAGCCGCACAUCCAUGCAGGCCAGCUCUUGGGAGGGAUUUAUGUGUCCAGCUAGAGAUCAUAAGAGCAGACGCCUUUAUGUGAGAUAGACAUAAAUCAACUCAGUGUAUACAUUGUUUCUAGCUGCAUUUUUCCCCAUUGCUGUGACUAAAACCUGAAUUCUUUUACAUAGUAUAUUAAUGAAAAUGUGCUACAUGGGAAAUGUAUAGUUCUGGUUCAGAAGCAUACUGACUCUAUAUUUUGUCGUUGAUUUUUUUUUUAUCGUAUUUCUAUGUCUGACAUAAGUGAGGCUUUGAUUGUUCUAAGCCAUGUGAUAAGCACUGUUGUUUCUAAACAAAGUGAACUCCUUCAUGAUUCAAAGACCAGUGUUUCGGUCAAUCUGUAUGCUGUAAAAUGUCAUCAAGAGGAAGAGGGCGGAGUUGGAUUGGGACCUGGCAGCCCUUCCUUAACAGUCCUGACGUUCUAUUAUCUCUGAAAAACAUGCUCACUAACAGUCCGAAGGUUUGAAAAUGCUGUGGGUAGGACAAUAAUUUGUAUGGGGAGUGCCACACUUUAUAGCGGCAUAAGAGAAGAUUUCUACAGACAUUCUUUUGGAUAUUUUAAAAUCCAUUGGUCAGCAUCAUAAGGUAUUCUGUGCUAUGCCAGAUGUUAACACUUAGUACCUAUUUGGUGAAUUCAGAUUCAGAGCUUCUAAGUCUCCUAGAUAACUCCAGACAUAAGAUACUCAAAACAUGCUUGAUAUAAAGCAGUUUAUUUAUUUCUUCACAUUUCCUGUCCACACAACAGGCCCAGAACACAGAGGGUGCAGAGAUGUGGACAAACAGGAGACAGACAGAAGGAGAGGGGGUCUGAGCCUUGUGUCCCUCAUUAAUAUAUGACGUUCAGAAAGAUACUUAAAAAUAUUUAAAGCCUUGGUUUCUUGGCUAUACAAUGGGCUUGGUAAUGCUCACCUCACUGGGUUGUUGUAAAGAUUAAAUAAAGUUAAAUGUGUGA